AACUCUGUAUGCAGUAAUAGUUAGCCAGGCUUGAAAUCAAAACCAAAAUGUUGCCAUUGCUAUUUGUCGCGCUCUCUGUCUUUGGUGUUUCCCAGGCACAAGUCUUUGGUCUUGGAAAAUGUGCUCAAGUGAAAACCCAGGAAUCUUUUGAUUUGAAUAGGUAUCUUGGAAUAUGGUACGAAAUAUAUAAAUUCAAAGCCAACUUUGAGGGAAAACAAAAAUGUGUCUCAGCAAACUAUCAGCUACAAUCCAAUGGACAUAUUCGAGUCGAUAAUAUUGGGUUUGAAAAUGGAGAAAAGAAAGAAGCUGUCGGGGAUGCUUAUGUACCUGAUCAAAACUAUCCAUCAAGGCUGGGUGUCAGAUUUUCUAAUUUGGCUCCCUAUGGUAGAUAUUGGGUGUUGGAUACAGAUUACACAACUCACACCAUGAUUUAUUCGUGUUCCGAUAUCCUUGGACUCUUCCACAUUUCAUAUGCCUGGAUCUUGGGCCGUGACAGAACACUAGAUGAAUCCAUUAAAAAUAGACUUUUCGCCAAGGCCGAGUCCUUUGGCAUAGACACAUCAAAUUUCUUGAAAGAAGAUCAAACUGGAUGUUAA